GCAGCAGCGGGUGUUGGGUUUGCCAGACUGCACAGGGGAAGAAACCACAGCCCAUCGUCGUCCUGACUGUCCUCUACCCAGGGACCAAGAGCUGGAGACCCGGCUGUGACUGCCCACCUCUGGGGCGUCCUUUGGAGGAGACAAUCCUUACCCAUCUAGACUCCUGCCGCCCUGACUGCUGACUUGCUGCAGCUAUGAGGUCCCGGCUUCUGCUGCCUGUGCCCCAUUUGCCAACAAUUCGGGAAACUUCAGAAGAGCUGUCACAUGGGGCACCUGGGCAGGAACCCCCAGCCUCUCCCAGCCUGGAUGACUAUGUCAGGUGUAUCUGUCAGCUGGCACAGCCCACCUCAGUGCUGGACAAUGUCACCACCCAGAGUCGUCCCAACAGACCCUGCCGGCCAGCCUGGACUCGAGAGAAGAGGCGCCAGGCCAAGUCUCCAGGGGACAGCUCUCCUUGCUUCAGCAGCCUACAGCCCACACUGCCCUUUCCCGGCACUGAAAACCCUCUGGACUGGCUCUUUGGGAAGUCACAGGGAGAGCAGACAGAUGGGAGAGUUCGACCCAACAGGACCGGUUCUUCAGAUCCCUGGGGUGUGCCCAGACAGAAGGGCAAGGACACGGGGAGACUCUGUGAGGCCAGGGUACCUGAGCACUCUCUGGGAAGAAAACCAGGGCCCAGGCACCAGACCUCUGACCUGAAAAGCUGGACUUCUAGAAAGCCCUGUCGGGCCUUAGCGUCCGUCUCCAGCUCUCGCCCCAGCAGUAUCCUAGGCACUCUCUAUUUGCACCUCCCAGUGAUCCAGGAACUCUAACCCGCCCCCCAGGAAAAACUCAUAAAGAAUAUGGUGGGCCCCUGUGGCCUCCCUAGCUUCCCUCUCCUGUGGUGGACACUUCCUGGCAGGUCUGCAGGGGCUGGGCAAUUCCUAGUGAGACGCAUCCUCUAAAGAGCGAUGACAGUCUAGCUCCCACAAUGCGACUUUGAUUGGUACCCCCUGUGUCUGGCUGGCCCGUGACCUCGAAGUGACUCAGUGUCUCUAUUCCUUGGUUUUAUCCCAGCUAAAGUGAGUGUAGACGGAAUGACCACCUCCCGGAUUGCUCUCAUGAGGAGAUUUGGGCUGUACUCUGGGUACCCGCCACAGUCCCAUGAGAAACCGAGGGCAAAGGGCCAAGGGCCAAGGGCCAAGGGAAGGGUCUCAGCUCCCUAAAGCAGUGGCUUUCUACCAUCCUAAUGUUGUGACCCUUUAAUACAGCUCCUCAUGUUGUGUGACCCCCCCAACCAUAAAAUGAUUUUUGUUUCUACUUCAUAACUGUAAUUUUGUUACUGUUACGAAUCAUGGUAUAAAUCUUCAAGCUUUCCGGUGCUCUUAGGUGACUCCCGUGAAAGGGUCAUUCAACCCCGAAAGGGGCUAGGACUCAGGUUGAAAAUCACUGUCUUAAAAGCAUCCAAAGAAGGGCCUGGUCUCUAUGCUCUACCUUCAGACAUAUAUUUCCAGAGGCCCAACAAAAGACAUGAGUCUCAGCAGAUGUAUUACUGUGUUUCAUGGGAUUGUCACCUAGGUACCCAGGGGACCUGCUGCCUUGACUCCAGUGUCCAAAUCUCAUUGUGGUGCCAGAGAAUUCCCAGGCUCAGGGUCAGAACAGAAUGCAGCAUAUAGCCUGCAGGCUGUGACAUGCUGGGGCUGGAGGUCUCAUCUCUGAUUUUCUUGCAUGUGCCCACCAGCUUCACCUAGGCCCUUGUUACAGAAAGGGGCACAUCAGGAAGUUGUCCAACCCCCUUAUCCUGGCUAGGUCUGGAUGUCCUAAGGCUUUGGAAAUCCAGACCAGCACUGAGAUCCCCCAGUCCAGAGAAUGUCAGCUCCUGGAGGCAUCUAACAAGCAGAAGGGUGAAGGGGGGAAGCUGGAGAUAGGAAGGUUUCCUUACUCAGAGGGGUGGGUGUGGUCUAAAGAAUCAGGACUCAAGGCCCAGCACCUGCUCCCUUGUAUGAGCUGGAGCCAGCUGACCACACCAGGAUGGAAGGGUCUAGGAAAAGAGAGACUUAACCACUCUGAUGUCCUCUUUUGCAUGCAUAUUCUCAGAAUCAGAGUGCAAACCACACAACAAAAAGAGAAUACUUCAGACAAGCGGUCUGUUCGGUUUUCUUAUUUGUAAAAUACAGGACACCAACACGAUCCUUUGUCCUUGACAGGAGUAGCAAAGCUGUAUACGUGGAUAUAGAUAGAGGUGCAGUUUGCAUCUGUCACAGCCUCAGUAACCUCAAACUGACUUUCUAUAAGGCAGCCCUUAGGCAAAAUGUCCACAUGAAUGAUAGGAAGACUGAAGACUGAUCUACUGCAGAGGGGGUAGCUGGCUGGAGACUAGAUGGGCGCUAGAUGAGACGCCCUAGCCUCUUUAUGUCGUCCCCUUCUGUGAAGCAGUGUGAAAACUGGGUCAGAGGGAGACACCUGGAAAGUGGCCAGGG